AUGGGUAAAAAGGGUGUAAGGGCGGAACAGAGCUACCCAAAGCACCCGUUCCUCCUCCCGACUGACGAGAUUGUCAGCCAUCUCGAGACUAACCUUGAUCUGGGCUUGACAAGUGCUCAAGUCCAGCAGUAUCAACCCAAGUAUGGUCCCAACAAACUGGACAGUGAUGGAGGAGUCUCCUGGUAUGCCAUCUUGGGAAAGCAGAUUUCCAACGCCAUGAUAUUGGUUCUGGUGCUCGCCAUGGCACUAUCCUACGGCGUGGAAGAUUUUGUGGAAGGCGCCGUCAUCACCGCGGUCAUUAUCCUCAACGUCCUGAUUGGGUUCUAUCAGGAAUUCCAGGCCGAAAAGAAAAUGGAUGCUCUCCGAUCUCUCUCAUCACCCUCUGCCAGUGUGGUCCGCGAUGGCAAUGAAACGACGAUCCCAUCGGCUGAAGUCGUUCCCGGUGACAUUGUCUCGGUCAAGACCGGGGAUACAAUCCCCGCUGACCUGAGAUUGUUUGAAGUCAUGAAUUUGGAAUGUGACGAAGCAAUCUUGACCGGCGAAGCACUGCCGGUAGCGAAAGAAGUGGACUUCGAGGUGAAACACGGUACCGCCAAAGAAGACCUCGGCCUAGGGGACAGGCUCAAUAUUGCUUAUUCGUCCUCGAAUGUGACCAAAGGUCGCGGUCGUGGUAUUGUCGUCUUUACUGGAAUGUCAACUGCCAUCGGAGGGAUUGCGGCCUCCAUGCAGGGGAAGAGACGCAAGCCUAAUCGAUCCAUGUCCCGAAGGAAGUAUGGUCCGUUGCAGCCUGUCAAGGGAGGCGCCCUUCGCACGUGGGACGCAGUCCUCAAAUUCCUCGGUCUUACUGAAGGUACGCCUCUCCAGAUCAAACUCAGCAAAUUGGCCUACGUCCUUUUCGGCUGUGCUCUCCUCUUGGCCAUCAUCGUCUUCGGCGUCAACCAGUUCCAUGUCACCAACGAGGUGGCCAUCUAUGCCAUCUCGACCGGCAUCGCCAUUAUUCCGGAAUCCCUGAUUGCCGUCCUUACCAUCACGAUGGUGGUCGGGAUGACCCAAAUGCGGAAACGUAGGGUCGUGGUUCGACAACUCAGUGCUCUUGAAGCGCUUGGAGGCGUCACCAACAUCUGCUCGGACAAGACGGGAACUUUGACGCAAGGGAAAAUGGUUACUCGGAAGGUCUGGGUUCCAGGAACUGGAAUCUAUAGCGUCGAGAACUCGAACAAUGCAUCCGAUCCUACUGAAGGGACCAUCACUUUUUCGACGGCCCCGAAAUCUCGAAAGGAAGUCGAAGCUGAAAGAGUUGCGAGGCAAGAGGCUCUAGACCACAAACGAAGUAUUGCCGGCGUCGCCUUUGACGUACCGGACGAGAAGAUGCAAAAGGACGCCGAGAUGGCUGCAGGACAGGAGAAGUUUCUGGAGGAGGAUCCCGAUCUUACACCUGGGCUGCAGGCCUUCCUUGAAUCAGCCGCUCUGUGCAACCUGGCCACUGUCCGCCAAGUCAACGAAAACGGACAAGAGUCGUGGAAAACUGCGGGUGAUCCUACGGAGAUUGCCCUGCAAGUAUUCUCCCAUCGGUUCAACUAUGGGAAGAAGAUCUUGGAAGAGAAACAUGGCUGGUCACAGACGAUGGAGUUUCCCUUUGACAGCUCAGUCAAGCGCAUGUCUGUAGUGUACCGGAAGCCCGGCAUCGAACAUUCCGUCAUCUUCACGAAAGGAGCGGUGGAACGGAUCAUUGAUCUCUGCACCUCCGCCGGAGUGGGGGAGCAUGAACAGAAGAUAACGCCGGAGCUGAAAGAAAGCAUUCUCGAGCAAAUGACCUUCCUGGCCGAACAAGGUCUCCGCGUCCUCGCGGUCGCCCGCAAAUUCACUCCCUACGACAUCCCCGAACAUUCCGACAUUGAACGCAGCGAAGUCGAAAAGGAUUUGUGUUUACUCGGCCUGGCUGGUCUCUACGAUCCACCUCGGCUGGAGACCAAGGGCGCCGUUCAGGCGUGUACCACGGCCGGCAUCACCGUGUCGAUGUUGACCGGAGACCACCCCUCCACGGCAGCAGCCAUUGCCAAGGAAGUGGGCAUCAUCCCCAAGAACAUGGGCACCUUGUCUGCCGAGGUGGCCGCGGCCAUCGUAAAGACAGCCACGGAGUUCGACAAGAUGAGCGACGCCGAGAUCGACGCUCUCCCGACACUCCCACUGGUGGUGGCGCGAUGCGCCCCCGAGACCAAGGUGCGCAUGAUCGAGGCGCUUCACCGCCGACGCAAGUUCGCCGCCAUGACGGGUGACGGCGUGAACGACUCGCCGUCCCUGAAACUCGCGGAUGUCGGCAUCGCCAUGGGUCUCAACGGCAGCGAUGUGGCGAAAUCCGCAUCAGACAUCGUGCUGACCGACGACAACUUCGCCAGCAUCGUCAACGCGGUCGAAGAAGGCCGGCGCAUGUUCGACAACAUCCAGCGGUUCGUGCUGCACCUGCUCACGUCCAACGUGGGCGAAGUCAUCCUCCUGAUCUGCGGGCUCGGGUUCCAAGACAGCUCCGGGUUUUCCGUCUUCCCGCUCUCACCGCUCCAGAUCCUGUGGAUCAACAUGCUGACCUCGUCGUUCCCGGCCUUCGGCCUGGGCCGCGAGAAGGCCAGCCCGGACGUGAUGGAGCGACCGCCGCACGACAAUAAAAAGGGCGUCUUCACGUGGGAGCUGGUGACGGACAUGCUCGUCUACGGCACGAUUCAGGGCACCUGCUGUCUCAUGACGUUUGUGUUUAUCGUCUACGGGCCCGGACGCGACGGGCUGGGCAUCGACUGCAACCGCCGCUACAGCGACAGCUGCGACGUGGUGUUCCGGGCCCGCGCGGCCGUCUUUGUCGAAUUGACCUGGCUCAUCCUCAUUUCCGCCUGGGAGUUCAAAGCCAUGCGCCGCAGCAUGUUCCGCAUGGACCCGCACUCGACGCGUGCGUUCCCCUUCUUCGCCGACAUCUGGGAGAACCAGUUCCUGUUCUGGUCCGUCGUCAUCGGCGCCCUGUCGGUGUUCCCCGCCGUCUACAUCCCGGGCUUGAACACCAGCGUGUUCAAACACAAGGGUAUCUCCUGGGAGUGGGCGCCCGCCAUCGUCUGUGUCUUUGUCUUUGUCUCCGGCAUGGAGGCUUGGAAAUACGUCAAGCGCGCCACCGGCUGGUUCCAGGCCGAAGAGACCGAGGGCAUGAAGGCCCGUAAGCACCAGCGCACUGCGUUGGGGUUGAGACAGGGCUUCUUCACCCUCGCCAGGAGUUUCACCAAGUCGCGCUCCGAGGAGAAGAAGACCGCUAUGACCGAUAUGAGUGAAUUGAGUUCCCCGUCUACCCGGACAGACGUGGCGGUCAUGCCGAAUCCGAGGGAGCAUGUUUAG